AUGGUCAUAAAAGAUUUUGAAGAACUUCCUGUUCUGGAAAAUCGACCGAGAGAAAUGAUCACGGAAAAGAAGGACGAAAAAGGCAGCUCUAGAGUUCUCGAAUCGAUUCUUAGUACAAAAACACUGGCUCCAUCCGCAGCUUUUCAACAAGCACUGCUUGCAAUCAUGGAGGAAAAUCAAACAGAUGAAAAGAAAUCGCUUGAUGAUAUGAACUGGGAAUCAAGUGAUUCUUUCCAAAGCUCAAGACCGCCUACUCAAGUUUUGAUGGAUUGUAGGAGAAUGAGCGCUGAUGACAACAUUAUUGGACUUCGACUUGGUCCGAAUCGACGACGAGGUGGAAUCAUUGGAGAGAUCGAUUUGACUAAAACAGCUUUUGUGAAAACUGAAAAUAUCGACAAAUAA